GCCAAGGACAAGGGCAGACUGAGAAGGGGAGCUCAUUGGAGUCCAGUACCUGUUGAGGCAGAGUCAACAGCCCCUGGAGGACAUGACCCCUGGCUCAGACAGGACCUCAGAGUUGCUGGAGGACAUCACCAUCAAGGAACAAGGGGAAGAGGACGAAGGCUUUAUUGAUACCUUGGGAAAGGAGGCCAUUAUCAAGAAUCUAGUGGCGCCAGAUGCUGCGCUGCCUCCUGCCCAGCUGACCUCUUCUCCAUCUCUAGUUGGUUCCCACCCACCCACUGCCCAGGGUCCACCUACUCCUGUGCUGCCUGUCGCCCAGCCAUUCUUUGGACCUCUGCUUGGUGCCCAAGGUCCAUCCGGCUUGGUGCCCCCAGCAAUGCCACCCCCUUCCACACAGCUGGCCGCUGCCCAGCCGCCCCCCAACCGCCCUCUACCCAGGGUCCACCUGUUCCAGUGCUGCCUGCUGCCCAACCGCCCUCUGCCCUGCCUGCUCCAACCGGUCCUGUGCCAUCAGCAACAGCUGUUGGUGGACAUGGCAUUCCAGGAUUGGAAAGAGUGGAUGAGUUUGCGGAGUAUCUUGUCGAACUGAGGACCCAUAGCAGCCUUGUACUGAGUUCCCAACAAGUGGCAACAAUUAUCAGCUUGUGGCAGAACCUGGAGCAGUUCGAUAAAGUGAACUAUGCUGCUCGACAUCAGGACAGGCUUGUUACGGGGAAGUUUAGGUCGCCAAAGAAGCUUGCUACCUUCCCUCCUGGUGUCAACAACACGAAGAGGUGCGUCCUGGGAUCCAGUGGCUCUCCGGCUCAGUGGCCUAACUGCUGUCGCCUUGUAGAGAUGACCUUUGUGAGCCCCAGAAAUAAAUCCACAAAUAAAGGCACAAUGUCCCUAUGCAAGUGGGACCUCAUUCUCAGGGAUUAUAGAAAAAUUAGGCAGCUAAUCCUGAGUAACUCAGAGGUAAUGCAGCACACCACACUCCAGCUGGUGGAGGUCAACCAGAGGACACUCAUCACGUGGCACAAUGAGCGUCUAGGCUCAGGAGGUGUUGGUGCUUUUGCAAGGUCUGCAACUACCUGUGGCUCGGCCAGUCACUUUUGACACACUGCCUCCAGCAUGAGUGCUGCCUGUCACACCUCCACAGUACAACCACCAAAUGCACACAUACAAAUUGCCGCCAAACACAGCUGGACAGGUGAAGACCAAGCUCAAAAACAUUCAGCCCUCUGCCUCAGCUACCUCAGCCCCUAUGGCAACAGAACUUCAGUUGCCCAGAUUGCUUCUGCCCAAGCCAGCACCAGGGUCUCAGUUUGUGUUGCCACAUGCCACAUUGCCCAUCACUAACCCUGUAGCAAGCGCUACCAUGUCUCCCAUGCCCCCUCCACCUGCAGAGACAACAAAACGCAAGUACACCCGCAAUGUGACUACCAAUUUGUGUCGAAAAUGUGGCCAGUUUCGUACAGGGGAAACUGGCCACAGCCAAUAUAAAGGGAAAAUGUACUGCCCAAACACGAGAGCAUAACCAAAGAGGAGUAGCUUCAAAGCAUGAGGC